UCCUUACAAUUUGCAUAUUCUACAUGCCUGCCUUUUCAAUCCAUCUUAUUUCUCUGCGGAAAAAUCCAAUUCGAAUCUGUAUUUCACGUCGGCUUUGGCUAGGCGUUCCAUGGCGGUGUUGACAUAGUCCAUCGGCACAAUCUCAACAUCGGGCGUGAUGUUAUGUUGGCUUGAGUCUCCUUAAAUUUAUUCCAGCAAUGCCACUUCCUGCAACCAAUUUUCUUCCAGCAAUCCACAAUCAAAACAUGAAAUUAAUGUCAUUUAGUUCAUUUUAGAUCAAUGCCAAAGCAGAGCAGAGAUAUGUACAACACGUGAAUGGAAGUGUGGCUAAUAUUACAUACCCAUGAUCAAGGAAAAUGCCAACAAGUCAAGGAGUUUCUCCGGGAGACCAACCAAUACAAGCUUACCAUUGGUCUUCAAUAAGCUUAGUAGUGGCAUAAGAGGAUGAACUGUUCAAACUGUGUAUAUUAUCCCAUUAAGUGUGCUCAUUAUAGCCUUUUUUCUAUAUAUACCAAAACCAAUUAUAAACCAUAUCAUCAUCAGAAUUGUUAGCGAAAUGAAUAAUAAUACUCUCUAAUUAUGAAUAAAUUAAUCAUAACUUACCCGCAUUUGUUCAGGGUCACAACUGAUCAAGAAGCAAUCAACACCAAAACGUUCUAUGGACUCUUGUUUUUUGUUGGCAGAGGUGCUGAUGACAGUAACCCGAAGGCUUUGGUGUACUUGACAAAAACCUUGGAUGAGGGGGAGCGCGAUGAACAAAGUGAUUCUGAUAUACCCCGAGUAACCACCAACGACUCUAAAGUCCUUAAACAAAUCAACGGAAUAAUGGCCAAGUGUUAUGAUCCUUUUUGGAGUGAAUUUAUCACCAUUAAAAAUCAUGACCUAACCAUAAUGUCCUUGGAUCCUUCCCCACCUUGAGGCCGAACCCCAACCCUGGCCAAAACCACCACACCCUAAGUAUCCAAACCAACCUUUAAAAACACAACCCAACCCUCCUCUUCUGCCCUCACCUUUGGCCGAAAU